AUGACAGUGCUGGAUGGCCGCGGCGCUGUGGAAGUCUGGUGCAUGGACUGUCGUCCUACAGCAUACCAGACCUGGACAACCGUGUGUAAAGUCACCUUUGCCUAUGUGGAUGACUGCAGAGACGCUAUCAAGGUAUUUGCAGCGUUAUUCAAGUCCCGUUCAUUCUGUAUUCUCGAGCCGCAACCACUGACUCUCCGGCAGCAUUUCCAAAAGGACGAAAAAUACUAUUUACAACUCCUCGACGUCGACGGAAGCCCUUUGCGCUCCGAUAUGGGGACCUUCUCUCCCCAUCCCAAACCCGCAGGCCUCUCUUCAUCGCAUCGCAACGGCGGCAGCCAGUCGCGAUAUAACAACUAUCGGCCGCGUAAUGGACCUUCAAACUACCAUGCAGACCAAAGUGGCUUCUCCAAACUCCACCACCCGCCUCUUCACCAGGAAAAUCUGCCUCCACCAGGCGGCUACAUAUCAAGUCCUCCUAUCCUGGUGAAUGGGAUUCCUUACGAGAACCACUCUUUCUAUCCUCCACCACCGCCAAUGCCCAACGGUUUCACAGGUCCACCAUUUAUGAUGAAUGGUCAUCCAGGUUAUCUCGGCCCACCACAGCCCCUUCCAGAAACAUUCAUGCCCAAUAUCAGUAUGCCUGGAGCCCCGUUUCUCGUAACGAGUCAGCUACCAUAUGCAGGCUCCACUCCAAGCUUUUUCUCGGGCCCCUUUGCUCCAGACAACGGAUACUUCAGCCAGCCAUACUACGGGGAGCUCUACACAGCCCCCAUGACCCAUCUGUGCCCACCUGUGAUCCCGCCUCGACGCAAGUCCUCACAUACCGUGAAAGCUGAAUGUGUAGACGAGAAGAAUGGACCUGACGAGAGGGAGAAAGAAAAACCUGCUGAUGAUCCAGAGCCGAUCAUUGUGGCAGGUGUGGUCAUGAAUCCCAAGACACCCGAGAAAGCACCUCGUUUGCUCCGUGUCUACGAGGUUGACUCUGAUACUGAAGAAGAAACCCCCAAAACCGGGCGAACGGGAGCACCCCGAAAGACAACGGGACUGAAUUCCCUUCAUGAGGGGGGCUGUAGAUGGUUCUGCGGCAACAGAUAUCACAACGCAAUCCAUCUGUGGAUCACCAACGGGAAAUCGGCCGCCGCUUAUCAUCGAUUCAAACCCACAGCAGAAGCCGGAUGA